GCCUCUCAGUUAUGCAGCAUUCAGUUACAGCUUUACCACAUUCUCAGACUGACAGCAGAGUUGUGCUUUCUGGCACUGCAUGGCCAUUGUGUGAUAGCAGCACAGUGUGAAUGAGCUGGAGGACUGAGCAGCCAGUGUAGGGCCUGGGCUGGAGGGAGGAGUGUUCUGGCAGCUAAUUCCUCUCACAUGCUGCUUGUUAGAGGGGUAAGGUGAAGGCUUCUCCCACAGCCCAAGUUGGAGCUCCUCAGCUCGUCAGUUUCCUCUGCUGUGCUGUUGAAUCUACCACAAUGGUGUGGCUGCACCAGGUGUCGAGAGUUCAGGGGUGGCCCGUGACAGAAGCGUUGGGACGUAUGCUAGAAGGAUUUUGACUCGCACAUGCAAACAGAUAACUCCCCCUCAUCCCAGUUCCUUACUGUCGGAGAUGAGGGCCUCAAGGCUUUCAACAUGUCCUUUCUGGGAGAUACCAAUGAAUACCAGUGGAAGGAGUUCCAGGGGGCCAAGUUGGCCUCCCUGUUUGGACUAGACCAGGAAGCCAGCCAGGGGAACGAGUCAUUUCAGUACACAGCACCAAAACAGCCCAGAAAGAGCUCCAAUCCAGCACCAGCCAGCCAGAAACUAGCUCCACCACCUGGAGCUCCAGCGGUGUUAUUUGCCACAGCAGUUCAAGCCUUCAGAUAUAUUAAUGGACAGUAUAUGAAGCAGGGAAAGCUGGGAGCAGCUGCACUGGGCAACCAUACAACAAAAGAGUACAAGCUGCUUCUGUACUUGAGCCAACAGAAACAAGUGACUGCUGCCAAGAUUCAUAUGGGCUUUGUUUUUACGGUACAACCAAACAAUUACUGCACUUUUUAUGAUGACCAGAGGCAGAACUGGUCCCUGAUGUUUGAAUCAGAGAAAGCCUUGUCAGACUUCUGUAAAGAGAUAUGUCUGGCAAAAGUGAAUAGCGCCGCCUCCUUAGAUGCUGUGGUGAUUCAGGACUUGAGUCUCGGGGAGGGCCAAGAGGUGGAGAACGGAGACUCUCUGGAGGUGGUGUACACAGGCUGGCUCCUGCAGAACCACACCAUAGGCCAGAUGUUUGACUCCAACCAGAACAAAGACAAGUUACUACGGCUGAAAAUUGGAGCUGGAAAAGUGAUCAAAGGCUGGGAGGAGGGGAUGAUAGGGAUGAAGAAAGCAGGCCGCCGCCUCGUCAUCAUCCCACCCAACCUAGCUUAUGGAUCCAAGGGAGUCCCCAACUGUGUCCCAGCUAACAGCACUCUUAUUUUUGAAGCAGAACUUCGGCGGGUGAAGUUUUCCAAGGACAGUGGCUCUGAUCGGGCCAGUGCCAGCUCCAGAGACUCUGCUGCUCCCUCCCCUGCUCCCUCCCCGGGCCCCAUUGUGGAGAAUCUGACCCAUGAGCCAGCAGUACAGACGGCUGUCCCAGGUUCAGGCAGACCAGGGGAGCCGCCACUUCGUGCAAAGUCAAACUCUCUCAGUGAACAGCUAGCAAAUCCAGAUGUCACUAAAGCCAAGCUGAUCUCUCGCAUGGCAAAGAUGGGCCAGCCCAUGUUGCCUUUUCUAGCAGGAGUGGCCAGCCAGCCUGAAUCCAGUGACUCUGAGCUUGAGGACACCGCUGGUAGCAGAGUGAAGGAUCGGCCUAUAGCUUCAUCUCCAGUGCAGAUCACCACUGCUACUCCAGCUUCAGCACACGUACAUCUCCAUCCUCACAGUGCUCCACCUUCUACCUUACUUCCUGUUAUGACCACUACUACUGCACAGCCUGGGCUGCCAGGCAGCAGCCAUGCCUUUCAGCCUUACUCCUACACACAGACCUCUCUGGCUCCUUCUCAGCUGCAGCCUGUUGGCCAGGUCUACCCUGCGCAAACUGUCCCAUACAUGGGCUCCAGUGAUGUGACUUCAUUCUUGAUGACUGAGGCACGACAACACAAUACAGAAAUACGGUUAGCUGUUGGGAAAGUAGCCGAUAAAGUGGAUCAGCUGGCUUCAAAGGUAGAUGACCUUCAAAGGCAGGGAAGCCUUUCCAUGGGUGUGUCUAGUAUGUCGAUGGAAACCUCCAUGAUCAUGCACAACAUCCAAAGAAUCAUGCAGGAAAAUGAAUGUUUAAAGAAGGAAGUCUUUGAGAAAAGUUCUCGCAUUGAGGAACAAAACCGUAAGAUUGGGGAGCUCAUCAACCAGAACCAGAGGUACAUGGAGCAAAGUAACCUGCUGCUGGAGCAGAGGAAUGACUCCCUUAAAUCAUCCAGUGAACAGAACCAGGCCAGACUGCUACAGGCUGAGCAGGACAAGCAUGCACUGCCUCAGGACCUGGGCUCUGGCCAGGUUCGUCUGACGGAGGACUUGGCUUCGUCUGCGGCCCGACUGUCUCAGCUGCAGUUAGAAGCCUCAGCUCACCAGCAGAAGACUGUGGAGCUGCAGAGUAAACUGAACUCAGUGCUGCAGGACAGUGAGAACCACUGCCAAUCCAUUGCUGCCCUGGAGACACAGGUGGAAGAGCUAAAGGAGACAGCAGAGAGGGCACAAGCCCAGUAUCGCUCAGAGAAGCAAAGACGCAAAGAGAUGGAGCUGAGAGUCAACAACAUGGAGGAGGAACUGCAGGACCUGAAGACUGAUAAAGAAGGCUUAGAACGAAUGCUUUUGGAAAGGAAGAAGAAGUGGCAGGCAGAGCGCCAGCAUUGGGACGAGGAGGUGGAAGAACUCCGCAAGAGUAGCCAUCAAGAGCUGGACAACCUCAGAGCUCAACUUCACAAAGCCCGGACCAGUACUGAUAGUGCUGCAUCUGAACAGUUGUCUCAGCUGCAGGCAGAGCUUGCGGAGGGCUGGAAGGGGAAGUGUGAACAGAUGUUGGCCUCUGCUAAAGAGCAACACAGGAGAGAGCUGGCUGAACUAACAGAGCAGAGAGAUGCUCUGGAGGACAAGCUGAAGCAGCUACAGGAAAAAUUGAUGGUUCUGAAGCAGUCAAGAGAUUCAGAGGAGCAGAGUUUGCUACAGCACCACGGUCAGACAGAAGAGCUGCAGGCUCUUCAGGAAAAAUACACAACCCUGGAGCAGCAAGGAGCAGCUGUAAGGGAGAAGCUUGAAAGAAGAGUGGCUGAACUGGAGAAGAAACUAACAGAGCAGAGGAGUUCAGGAGACACUGCAGCAGAGGUGAAGCGUGUGAUGAACGGAGUGUUUCAUUCUUUGCGAGGGGAGUUUGACCUCAGUGAAUUGUACACUGGCCAGGCUGUGCUGGGGGUGAUAGUCACUACUAUUAAGAAUGUAACUCUGCAGCUGCUCAGUGGCACAGACAGAUCUCCCUCCCUUUCUAAGAAGAAAGAGGAAGCAGAGGAGCAGGAAGAAAAAGAGAGUGAUGAUGUGAAACAAAGAGAGGAGAGACCUCAUCAGAAUGUACAGGUGAAUGGAGAGAGACAAGUCCAAGAGGAAGAAAAGGAGGAGGAAGAACCUGUGGCUGAACUGGAUUCUCACCAAGUCAGUGAGGCCCAGAUAAAUCAGGAAGUAUCAGUGGAGAAUGAGACUGAGACAGUAACUGAGUUAAAGACACAAAGCCAAGCAGAGUUAUCUCAGGCCACUCAUCACCAUCCAGUUUUAUCCACUGAGCAGGAACCACAUGGGACAGCAGCAGCAGAAUCUGAGGUACAGCAGGAGCCUGGAGAGCACUCUGUUCCCAAAAACCCUACAGAUCCAGAUGAUGGACCUGAUGAGAGUUCACCACCUGAGGAUGAACAGGAAACAGUGUUAGAAAGAAAUGCUGCCAUGAGCAGUGAAGUGGGUGGGGAGAGCUUGGACAAGGGAGACCAUGUAGGAGAAAUGAAUGCUGCUUCUCAGAAAGCUUUUGGACCCCCAGCCAACCCACCUCCGCCCCCGACUGCACUUCAGAACAGCCCAGGAGAGGGCACACAUCUGACUGGGGGAAUUGGUGAGGAAAAUGGAAAGGAGCCAUUUUUCCAGAUCACAACUCCUGUGAAACCCCCCGCAGCCCCCAGUGAGGAGGAGGAGGAGGAUGAGAUGAGCUUGAAGGGGCGUCCACCACCUGCCCCUCUGUUUGGUGAUGAUGAUGAUGAUGAGGAUGAUCUGGAUUGGCUAAACUGAUAUGGGACCAGAAUAAUAAAAUGGGUCUGCGUCUUCAUUUACAACUCUAAAAAUAGGCACGAGAUGCUUUACCUGCUCUUUCUGCCUGGUGGAGCAGCAAGGAUGACAAGAAGCCUCUGCUGACAGAGGACAGAGCAGCCUGGCUCUGAGUUGUUUUGCUGCCACAGCAUCCUGAAGAACAAAGCUACAAUCUGAGGCUCUGAUUCUGCUUGAAAUUACAAGCUUGUAAUUGACAGACAGAUUAAAACAAGUACUUCAUUCAUUAUAUGAUAUCUGUUGGUGAUGCAAUUUAAUACCAGAGUUUUACAUGGCACUGUAGCAGAUUAGUUUGUUGAAUCAGCAGUAAUCCUGUUAUCAGUGGUUUCAAACUGUACCAUGGUUUUUAAUUAUUAGCUUGCUGCUCUAAGAAUAGAACUUUUUCACAAUUUUGCUAACCUGAAAUUCAUUCCAGAAAAUAAAUCACAUGGAACAUGUGACCUUUA